AUGGCCAGAGCCAAGGCAACACACUUGGAAGUGACCACAUCCUUUUUGUCACCAUGUACCUCUUGCCGUCGCCGUCUCAUUCGUGAUUUCAAGCACCUCUCCUCUGACCCUCCGGCCGGAAUCAGCGGAGCGCCUUGCCCAGAGAACAUUAUGGUCUGGAAUGCGGUCAUUUUUGGACCAGCUGAUACUCCUUUCGAGGAUGGGACGUUCAAGCUGGUCCUCACAUUCGAGGAAAGCUACCCCAACAAGCCCCCGCACGUCAAGUUCCUUUCGCGAAUGUUCCAUCCCAAUGUAUACGCUACUGGAGAAUUGUGUUUGGAUAUUCUCCAGAAUAGAUGGAGUCCGACUUACGAUGUCAGCGCAAUCCUGACGAGCAUCCAGAGCUUGUUACACGACCCUAAUCCAAACAGCCCCGCCAAUGCUGAGGCAGCAGCUCUCUACCGAGACAACAUGAAGGAGUAUGUGCGUCGCGUCAAGGUUACGGUCGAGGAAAGUUGGAUGGAUCCUCCGGAGGAACCAGCAACUACUGGGAGCAGUCGAACUCGAGAGGCUAGCGCGAACGCGAAUGCAAUGGACGAACCCUUUCACGCUCCUCAAGCUCAAGCUUAUUGUGAAGGCAAAUGGGACGUCUGGGACCCUAAAAUCACCACACCACCAGGACUGAGAAGAGGGAGCUGCGUCCCACCGAGCCAUCCUAAAGGUCCAAUAUCUGGUAGCGACCAAAUAGACCCCUUGACGUGGUCAGGGGCAAGAAUAUAUCGAAGCAACUUGGUUACACGAAGGCUGAAAUGGAAAGUAAAGCCCUCGUCAAGGUAA